AUGUCUCCGCGUCGAAGUAGCGCCAUUGGCAUCCCCAAAGCUACAGAAACAGAGUGCACUAUGACGUUAAGUCUGCAGAGUGUACAGUACGCGUCAGUGGAAGACCCUGAUCGGAUUUGCGAUUCGCUUCGCUUGCAGCUUAGCAUCAGCGAUAAGCCUGUGACCAACAGUUCAUACCCGAAUCGUGUCGCAGCGCUGAAUGAUGCAGCGUCCCGCAUUGCGACAACACCCGCAGACGCUGCGCGGUUAGAGAAACUGAUGCUCUUGGAAGCUAUCCGGCAGUCGAUGCAAGAUACUAGCGUCGAAAAUAAUGACGAGGAACGAGGAAAAUGGCAGAAUGUUCAGCUACCUAACAAUCGUUAA